UCUAGACUUCGAACCAUUAUUUUCUGCUAUGGAAACAACAAUCAUUUCCAAAGAAAACAUCAAACCCUCUUCCCCAACACCAUCCCAUUUGAAAACAUUCGAUCUUUCUGCGUUAGAUCAGAUUGUUUUAAGUCCUUAUGUACCAAUCAUCAUAUACUACCCUAAUAACAAUGGCGACAACUCCAAUCAAGCCCUACAAAAGUCACAGGUUCUAAAGAAGUCUUUAUCUGAGACCUUGACUAAGUUUUACCCACUUGCAGGAACACUCAAGAACGAGGGUUCUAUUGAUUGUAACGAUAUUGGUGCUAACUAUAUUGUAGCUUCGAUCCAGUGUCGUCUUGACGAAUUUCUAAAGCAACCUGAUCACCAUUUGAUCCAUGGCUUUUUGCCAUUUGUACCUAGCUUUGACAAGUCUAGUGUUGGUAAUCAGGUAACAAACGUGCAACUGAACAUUUUUGAAUGUGGUGGGAUUGCCAUUGGGUUAUGUAUUUCCCACAGAAUCGUUGAUGGGGCUUCGGUGUACAUGUUUCUGAAAGCAUGGAGUAACAUGGCUCGUGGAGUUGAAGAAGUCGAGUAUCCAAACUUCACCACUCCAUCUCUCUUCCCUGCAAAAGGAUCAUGGCUCAGAGACAUAUUCAAGGGUUUGGGUAGGUCGUUGUUAAAGGAAGGAAAGUGUUCCACAAAGAGGUUUGUAUUUGGGUCGGAUGCUAUCGCUAGAUUGAGAUCAAGGGCAAAGAGUAACGGGGUGCAACGCCCUAGUCGUGUUGAGGUUGUAUCUAGUUUGAUAUGGAAGUGUGCAAUGGAUGCAACUAAAGAAGCAAGUGGUAUCCAGAAGCCUUCUAGUUUAUCACACUUUGUGAAUCUUCGGUCCAAACUUAAAUCCACCUUGUCACAUAACUUCAUGGGUAAUGUGAUUUGGAUUUCAAAUGCUGUGUGUCUCCCUAGUGAUGAGACGCCUUUGCACAGUUUGGUGAAUAAGGUGCGUGAAAGUAUUUCGAAAGUUGACGCUGAGUUUGUGGAGAAAGCACAAGGUGAUGAAGGGUGUUUUGCAAUGCAGAAAUCUUUAGAAGAAAUGGGUGGGUCCACAGGGGGCAUAGAUAACUAUGGUUUUACGAGUUGGUGUAGGAUGGGUUUCUAUGAACUUGAUUUUGGUUGGGGAAAACCGAGUUGGGUGACAGGUAUUGUAGGAGAUGGCUCGCCAGUGUUCAUGAAUCUUGUGACUCUAAUGGACACGAAAAGUGGUGAAGGAAUAGAAGCAUGGGUGAAUUUGGAUGAAUCUGAAAUGGAGAUUUUACAGAAGAAUCAAGAGUUACUUUCAUAUGCUUCAUUGGAUCCAAGUCCUCUUCUAAAUGGUGAAAUUGGUGCAUUCGGUGCAGGAGUUGACCAGAUAACUGACCAAUUUGUAAAGGAAAGUAGAUUCGCUUCAAACGGCCUGAUUUUUAAUGCGUAAAAAAUUAAGGAAGUCGGACAUGCAUGCUGAUUGUGGGUUUUUAAUAAUGAUUGUGGCCAGGCAGCAAUGGAGCCGAAAUUAUAUCAUUUAGGGCUAAUAGUUAGCGUUCUAGUUUUUUAUUGUGAUUGUGUGUUUUUAAUUAUUUUUUUGUUAUUGGUAAAUCGUGUGAAAUAAAUGAUUCUUAAUAAUCAUGUAAAUUUUUUGAUGUCGAA